AUGAGCCUGGAAGAAAAGGUUGCCAAGCUUCAAGCUGCCACUGAUGAAGCAAAAGCUCAAAUUCCUGUCGCCAAACAAGCGCUGGAUAUGGCGCAGAAACAAUUGGCGGACGCCAAGGCAAAAUACCAGAGUCUCUCACCCGAAAAGCAAGCAACCUUGCAAGUCAAUGAUACAGAACUACCAGAACUGAUUGAAACGGAAUUACGGGCUCAAAAUGUCUAUGAUACAGUCCUUUCAAAACAUGCAACGAAUGAGCGGUACCUCGCAGCCUUCAAACAGAAGCUGGGUCAAUAG